AUCCACACAAAAGCAAGCAGCACAAGGGACAAGGGAACCUCGAUCCCAUGCCAUGUGCGGAUGGGGCAUUAUUUCACUUUGUAAAUAGCAAGUGUCUCAAAAUGCAAUCUUUGGUAUUGGGUUUGGACGAAUGAAAUGAAAUAACACGAAGCAGCCAUGUGGGCAUCCAUGAUUUUUUAGUUCUCUCUGACACCACCACAUCUCAUCACAAUGGGAACACUAGUGUUGAGACAUGGAACAAGGGCAAGGGUGGAGAUAGAUCAUAGAUCUGAACGUUGGAACAUGAAACGUGAAACAUGAAACAUGAGAGAUUGUUGAGUGCUGAGUGGUGCAGUUCUAGAUCUUGUUGUUGCAACACAAGCAAGCAUGAUGAGUGGUAGGAAUGUUAGAGAGUCUCUGUUGGGAUCCCUCAACCAUCACCGUAGAGGGCAUAGCUUCAAUGGUGUGACCAACAACAAUCACGAUGACAACCUCGAUCUUUUCUCCAACAACCGCCGCACCCUCUCUCUUGCUUCUUCUGAUGAAUCCUCAGAUGUUUCUGUGAAACUGGGGAGGCUCUCAGUUGGAACAGCAAAACCAGCUAGAAAUGGGAUUGAUGAUCUGUUAUCAUCUACAGAAGGAGGAAAGCAUGAUUAUGACUGGCUUCUCACUCCCCCGGGGACCCCUGUUUUUCCAUCGUCAGAAGGCGAACCACAAGCAACCUUAGUGCCUCCAAGAAGAAGUUUGACUAGAUCAACAUCUACCUCUAAGACCUCAAGACUUGCAGUCUCACAAUCAGAGAACACAAAUCCCUCUAGACCAGCAAGAAGCAGUUCAGUGACUCGCUCUUCCAUCUCCACUUCACACUCACAAUACAGCUCCUAUUCUUCAAACAGACCCUCCUCUUCAAUCCUCAACACAAGCUCAGCCUCAGUUUCAUCUUACAUUAGACCAUCUUCCCCCAUAACUCGCUCUUCAUCUGCAGCAAGGCCUUCCACUCCCUCCUCAUCUCGCUCAACAGCAUCACGAUCCUCAACGCCUUCCAAACCACGCUCAGUUUCCUCCAAUUCCACAGCUGAGAAGCAUAGACCAUCACCACAAAGCUCAAGGCCAUCCACUCCUAGUUCUAGGCCUCACAUUCCUGCAAACUUGCACUCUCCAUCUGCUUCAUCAACUCGGUCGCUGUCUCGGCCUUCUACUCCGACACGUAGGAGCUCAAUGCCAUCUUUAUCUCCAUCACCAACAAGUUCUUCAACUUCAGCUAGCCGUGUUUCAUUGAAUGGACGCAGUUCAGCGCCUGCAUCAAGGCCAAGCUCACCAAGUCCGCGAGUUAGGCCUCCACCACAGCCAAUUGUUCCUCCUGAUUUUCCCCUUGAUACACCACCAAACCUUAGAACAACUUUGCCUGAUAGGCCAGUUUCUGCAGGCAGAUCACGUCCUGGUGCAUCCACUUUGAAGGCUAAUAAUGGUUCUGAAACUCAAGCCUCAUCAGUUACCAUGUCAAGGAGACAUUCAUCUCCUAUAGUUAGUAGGGGGAGAGUGACGGAACCUGCAGCGAAAAGCCGUGGCUAUGCCAAUGGCCAUCAUGCUGAUGCUCCUGAGCCAAGGAAAGUCUCACAUGCUCCUGAGGUAGUUGCAAGGAAAUCUGUUAAGGCUUCAACUACUGCCACUGACAACUCUGGAUUUGGGAGGACUAUCUCAAAGAAAUCCUUGGAUAUGGCUAUUAAGCACAUGGAUAUAAGGAAUAGCUCAGGAAAUAUUCGUUCACUAUCAAGCACCACACUCUUCCCCCAGAGUAUUAGAACUUCCACUCCCAAGAGCCAGUCUCAUCGAGUUUCGAGUGCUCCAGCAUCUGUUGACAUGAAUGGAAACAAUGGAGCUAGUUUUGAUGUGGGAAAUGGCAUUAAUAGGAGUAUGAUAAAGGGAAGAGAGGUCGAUGAAAGACAAUAUUCUGCAAAACUUAGUGAAGUGGACAUCUAUGAGAGUUCUCGUUAUGAUGCACUAUUGUUUAAAGAAGAUUUGAAGAACACAAACUGGCUGCAUGGUGCUGAUGAUAAGUGCGAUCAAGCCAUAUUUGAUAACGGAUUUGAGCACCUGCCUGAACCCUUUGGUCUCUUAUAACAUCUAAGGAGGUUCAGGUUCUGCCUAGCACACAUUUGUAACAUGUUGUUUUAUGUUCUAAUUAUUGUCUCAAUUUUUUGAAGGGAUGGGAUGUUUCAACUUAUAUAGCUCCAAGGUGGAGAAGUGAAGAUGCAUUCAUAUGUUUUCUGGAUUCUGCUGAGAAAUCAGUGGAUUUUACUUUGAUCUUAAACCUAUACAAACAAUGCAGGAAAAAAUUUACAUGAAAGAUUUCAUACUUUCUUGGGAGAAUGAGAAUUUUCAUAAAUGAGUGAGUUCUGUCUUUGCAUACCUUGUGUGCAUUUGUCAAAAGGCAAAUGUAGUACUGUAAGUACAUAGAGAUGGAAUGUGAUGUUUUAUGCAAACACUAUGGUUGAGUGUUAUUUUCUCCUUGACAAUGAAUACUAGUUGAGUUGAGUUGAAUUUUUCUA